CCUGACCCACUCCGGCCUGGCCCUGCCCUGCCGAGCGGUCCUCCCGGCACCCGGGCGGCCUCCGGAGCAGCCCAAGCUCAUGAGGGCCGCGCGCCCGGCCGCCGGCGCUGACGAGACGGAGCUCCCGGCCCGCGAGGAGGAGCGGAGGAUCAAUGCGGUUCCAGAACCGAUUCCAGCGGUUCAUGAACCACCGGGCCCCAGCCAAUGGCCGCUACAAACCAACUUGUUACGAACAUGCUGCUAACUGUUACACACAUGCAUUCCUCAUCGUGCCAGCCAUCGUGGGCAGCGCCCUCCUCCAUCGGCUGUCUGACGACUGCUGGGAGAAGAUCACAGCAUGGAUUUAUGGAAUGGGCCUCUGCGCCCUCUUCAUCGUUUCCACAGUAUUUCACAUUGUGUCAUGGAAGAAGAGCCACUUAAGGACAGUGGAGCAGUGUUUCCACAUGUGCGACAGAAUGGUCAUCUAUUUCUUCAUUGCUGCAUCUUACGCGCCAUGGUUAAAUCUCCGUGAACUUGGACCCCUGGCAUCUCAUAUGCGUUGGUUUAUCUGGCUCAUGGCAGCUGGAGGAACCAUUUAUGUAUUUCUCUACCAUGAAAAGUAUAAGGUGGUUGAGCUCUUUUUCUAUCUCACAAUGGGCUUCUCGCCAGCCUUGGUGGUGACGUCAAUGAACAACACCGAUGGGCUUCCCGAACUCGCCUGCGGGGGCCUGAUUUACUGCCUGGGCGUUGUGUUCUUCAAGAGUGACGGCAUCAUCCCCUUUGCCCACGCCAUCUGGCACCUGUUCGUGGCCACGGCAGCCGCGGUGCACUACUAUGCCAUUUGGAAGUAUCUCUACCGAAGUCCCACAGACUUCAUGCGACAUUUGUGACCAGUCUGUGCUCGGUAUCCACACCAGUAUUCGUUCAGUGACAG